CACACCCCCUCUUCUGCCGCGGUACCGUCGAUGCAGAAGCACCCAGCGGGGGUCACCCGGUGCAUGAUACAGCCCUUCCAGGCCCCUGUCCUGGGUCCGCACCGGUCAUAUUCCCCACAGGAAUCGGAGUUUUUCUCCGGUGGAUGAAAGGAAAUGAAGCAGAGACAGGCAGCGAUCUCGACAGUGUGCAGACAGACAGACAGUUGCGAGUCAUCUCGAGUAAGAUCGUGUGGUGGCCCCACUUUCCACGGAAGAGGAAAACGGGCACGUACACCGGCCGGCCAGGUGCGCGUAUUUGCGCUACGUCUGAGAGGACAGUACGUACCGUCAAAAGCUGGCCCGUUCAAACGCAGACGGAUGUGUUUCCUCAACCCGUCUCCGUUCCCUGGAGCUUUCCAUUCUGCGAUUCCACAGAACGGUAUACCAGGCGACCGCGGUGCACACCGCGGCCGGUUUGCGUUACCACGGCGACAGUGGGCUUCGAAGGAAGGAGUCGAAGGAGUCGGUUACGAAACGUAGCUGUUCGGCCAACCGGGAAACAGAAACGGACGGACGGCUGGGUUUGGGUAGGGCAUCUCCGUGGGUGGAUCGUCGGCGACCAGACCUCUCGAUUAAUGAGCUACGCGUGUUAGACGCAUGUAGACACGGCUCAGGUACACGUAGACGACCGGACCUCGAUGCUAUAAAUUGGUAACUCGCGUAGAAUUAGAGGGAGAACCGUAUCGAGAGUUGCGUCACGCGUCCGUCUAUUCGAAUCUAGCGACAGGUGCAUCGCUCCCGCCAUUAUCAGACUAUGGGGUGCAUAGGAGAUUAGAAACGGUGGACAGGUAUCGGUUAGUUUUGUGAGACUUUCCGUCGCGACUGUGCAUUAAGAAUGUGGAGAAUUGUCGAUGUCUCGUUAUGUCUCUUAAGUUUUAUCUAUAAAAGUACGACCGAUGUGGAAAUUAAGUUUUUUUAGAAAUCGUAUGUUCGCGUAUUUAUUUGUAUACUUCGUAUUCGUAAAUCGUAAUGCAAAGUUUAAAAUGUUAAAAUUAUCGCACAAUUUUUUCGUAUUUAAUAAAUUCAUAUUU